UAGACACCAUGUCUCCGACCAGAAGAGGAUUUCUAGCAAAGUCGUUGGCGGUGACUUUGGAAGUUCUUUGCUUGGCUUCCCAAGUUUGAUCUCGUUUGUUACCAGGAACAAUGCCAAUUUUUCUCACGAUGUGUGUGUCUGAGGUGACUAGAUAAGCCAGAACUUUCCACCAUAAUCAGGACUUGUCGUCAAGAGUUCAACACAACCCACGACUACAAAGCAGUAUCUACACUCCCCCUUUCAGAAAAGAAGAAUACCAAGUGAGCAAGCAGCAAACUAACGAGAUGGAUACUACUAGCAGCACACUCACCCCAACCACAACCGCGACCACAACCACGUUCGCCGAGCUCGAAUUCCUCCACAACCGCUUCCCGGUAACCGAACUCCCAAGGAACAUCCACGUCCUCAAGGAGUGGUACUUUACGCGCUGCCGUACCUUGAAGGAUGCCAAAGCUCUGCUAGGCGUCUACAACACCCUCAUCCUCGAUCUAGACGUCACCCCCACCGAACUCUACAAAUGGAAAGCGAACAAGUGCCUCGGCUACCGUAUCACGCACCUCAUGGUUGAGAACGUCUUCGUGGAGGACAAGAUUUCGCGCGAGCGGCGGAAGUGGGUGAAGCAUAACAAGCACGUGUGGUGUGGCCACACCCCGAAUUACGACCAGCCCUGUUUCGAGUUCACUGAAGAGGAUAGGGAGUUUUUGCGGGGCAAGUGGCCACAGGCUUGGGAGCGGUAUAGUAUUGCUCAGAUUGAGUGGGCGUUGGAGGUUGAACUGGAGCAGGCGAGACGGUUUUUGCCAAAGAAGCAUGAGCGGAGUGUGAGAGAGGAGAAUUGGCGGUGGUUGUUUGGGGUGGAUAGGUGGGUUAAGAAGAUUGCGUUUUUGGCAUUUGAUGCUUCUGGGGUUGGGUAUGAGGUUGGGUGGAAGGAGUGAGACUGGAUGGCCUCUAUCGUUCAACUUACCUUAUAUUAACCGUGAGAAAGGCGGCGCUACUUGUUGGAUUCUUCAACCAAGGAAGUGAAAUGGUCGACUCCCUUGAAAACUCUGGUCGCAGGAGACAUCUCACUCCCUCGUGUUGGAUAUAGUAGACAACAUCCAACUGCAUUUAUGUAAGAUAUACUGCCGUCCACUCCUGCUUCUCAUUGUCUCUAUAGUUUUCCAAGAC